UUGAGAACCCUGCCAACGCCGUGAAAAGCUCUAGCACGCCGUGUAACACUCAGGCUUUCGCAGAGCCCUGCCGAAUAUACAGAGCGGAUACGCGACACUCAACUCAACGCGCGAUGGCGACAACAGCACCAGUUCCAAGCUCCACCGAGCAGCUCGUGCAAGCAUCGGCCAAACGGACAAGAGAUAUAUUUGCAGCAGAUUUCGCGUCCCCAGGCGCGCUCGACCAUACGCCAAACCCUGCAUUCUCCAUCACUGCCACAACACCCGCGCCGUCGACAGCGGCGGACCAGGUGAACGUUGCCGCACGCAUACGGAACGAAUACGAGCAUGUGCGCGACCUGCCUCCAGCGCUGGCUGCCAAGAUGGCCGCAGCAGCUUCAACAGCGGCUGAGCGGCGGAAGAAAAUCAAAAACCAGAAUGCAGAAGAGCAGGCGUCGGACCCCAAGAUGCGCGAGAUGAUUGCAGGCGCGUCUGAGAAGGCGGACAAAGCGAAAGAUGGGCAGUCAAUGGCGCUAACGUUGAGAGCCGGAGGAAAGGGCGCAGCGCCCAACGCAAAUGGGCCGACGCCGAGCAGGAUUGCGACGUCGAGCUCUCUGGUGCGCAAGGACACAGUUAGACAGACAAAGCCGGAGUGGCAUCAGCCUUGGAAGGUCUCAAGGGUCAUGGCGGGCCACAUGGGUUGGGUGCGGUCGCUGGCUGUGGACCCAGACAACAGGUUCUUCGCUAGUGGUGCAGCCGAUCGAACUAUCAAACUCUGGGAUCUUGCCAGUGGACAGCUGAAGCUGACAUUGACUGGACACAUCAGCGCUGUCCGCGGCCUGGAAAUUUCGCCUCGACACCCGUAUCUAUUCUCCUGCGGUGAAGACAAGAUGGUCAAAUGCUGGGAUCUGGAAACAAACAAGGUUAUUCGCCAUUACCACGGUCAUCUCAGCGGCGUCUACACUCUUGCGCUACACCCUACACUGGACGUGUUGAUCACCGGUGGUCGUGACGGCGUGGCAAGAGUCUGGGACAUGCGGACAAGAACAAACGUACACGUGCUUAGCGGCCACAAGGGCACAAUCUCCAGCAUCAGGGCACAAGAAGCGGAUCCACAGGUCAUCACAGGCUCCAUGGACUCGACCAUCCGUCUCUGGGAUCUGGCAGCCGGAAAGACACAAACGGUACUAACACACCACAAGAAGUCCGUCCGCGCACUCGCACUCCACCCCAAGGAAUUCACGUUCGCCUCUGGUUCGUCACAGUCGAUCAAGCAAUGGAUGUGCCCGCGCGGCGACUUCAUGCUCAACUUCCAGCCCGCGAACAGCAUCGUGAAUACGCUCUCGGUCAACGAAGACAACGUCAUGUUCUCUGGCGGCGACGACGGUUCAAUGUCGUUCUGGGACUGGAAGACCGGCCACCGCUUCCAGCAUACAGAGCAAAUUGCGCAGCCCGGUUCGCUAGACGCUGAGGCUGGAAUCAUGUGCUCGACGUAUGAUAGGACGGGGCUGAGGCUGAUUGUUGGUGGGAGUGAUAAGUCAAUACAGGUCUGGAAGCAGGAUGACAACGCGACUGAGGAGACGCAUCCGCUCGACUGGCAGCCUACGCUGGGAAGGCAGAAGUUUUAGGCUGCGCGGCUGCAUUUGCAUGGAGCACUGAUGGUGUUGGGGCGUUCAAAAGAGAUACCAAGCUGUAAUAUAGCUGAAUUUAGAAGUGCAGGGAAAGCCCGGGCAGGUCGCUUGCUUCAAGAGUCGUGACUGCACCUUUUUACUCGAUCAUGCUGGGUCCGGAUCCUGCAUCUCUGGCUGCAG